UUUUAACCGACUCAUCGUUGAUAUUAGAGCUUCCCGCAUUCAUUUUUCACCCGGGCUAGUGACGACCUGCGAAAAUGUUAGAGGACCGCCCUUUGCUGAACCCUCAUCACAGUACCAGCCAAGAGCUUCCUUCGCCGAAUCUGAAACCCAGGCACCGGGAUUUGAUUGCUACACCUUGUGGUCCAAUUAAGCCCUGGUCAGAGCUGUCCUGCUUAGUGAAGAUAUAUUACUUCUUUGCAGUACUUUCACUCAUAACAGUUAUGGCAGUCACUGUCUGGAACAUUUACAACCAAAACAAAGAUAAGGCACAUGGAGAGGAUUUCACUGUAUCAUUAAUACAGCUCAUCAGUACAUUUUUUUGUUGCUAUUAUAUCACACGAGGAGUCCUGCAGGAGAACCACCAAGAACUUAUUGCCUUUGUUGUCAGUGUGCUGGUGGUCAUGAUUCGAUCCAUUGCAAAUUUUUUUGUUAGCCAGUACAAGGAAAACAACAGCCUUAUUUUGGUUCGAUUUGUUUGCAUCACAUGUGUUGGCAUUCUUCAUGUCAUCUGUAGCAUAAUUCUCAUCUGCACUCCCAAUAUGAUGUCUUUUCGAGUUGGGGGUGCCCUCAAGAGUUUCCAAGAUCAGUACUUCCUCCUUAAUCUCUCCUUUUCUUUGGUGACAUUUGACCUUCAGGCACAGAUCUGCCUUUGUAUUCUUGUGCUGUCAUCUGGAUUAUAUGACAUCUCAUAUUCUCACAGCAUCCUUCUAGGUUUUGGGAUCUUCUGGGUAUCCCUUACAGCGGCAGUAGGAGUGAUAGCGGUUUUGAAAGAAAAGAAGAUUCUAGUAUGGAUUUUUUUACUGCAGAGCUUGCCUGAGUUGGCCUAUCUUAUUUAUUUAUUCUACUUGGUCAUUAAGGAAUGGGGAGCUGGUGAGUCAUAUGUAUUGGAGGCUGCAGCCAUCAUUGGCGCAUUCACAUCUGUUUUUAUUAAGGCCGUUCUCUUCUGGGCACUUCAAAGACUGUGCAAGUGCUUUGGGCAAGGACUGCAAGAAAGGAUGUUUGCCACUGAGGAGCAAGGCAAGAUUUGAUGAUUCGUGAUCCAGACCCAUUUUCAAUGUGAAGCCAAAAGCAAGAGUGAAGCUGAGUCACAUGGAGACGUUGCUUGUCAACCAUUUUAAGCAGCCAGUUGUUCAUUCCUUGCAUUGUUUCAAUUUAGGCAAAUAAACCCACUAGAAACAUUAUUUAAGAACUUUUACAUAAUAUUUUUUCAGGCAGAGUUGAAUAUUUUUGUCAGUUUUAUCUAUGCAUCACAAUUGUAUAAUAAAUUACGGAUUUUUAUUUUGUACAAAUGAGCAUCUGAAAAAUUUUUGUUUCUUUUGUUAGCUUCUGCAUAUGGAUAACAGAUUUUAUUGAGGGAUCAAUUUUAAAAAUUUAACAAAGAGGAAAAGUGACAAUGAAAAAGAAAUUGCCAAAUUGAAAGUUUUCUGCUCUGCACUAUAUUGUAUGUUUUGCACUUUGAUAAAGCACUUUGCUAACUAAUUCAUGUAAUGUUGGGAAAAAUUAAAAAGUACUACAUAUGUCACAGUAUAUGCAGUAAGCUUGACUAAAGUGAAUACAGUGUCACUCAGGUGUAGGGUGUAUGUAUAUUAAUGUGCUCUGAGGUGAAUUGGUUCUCUGGUCAGUGCAUUGAACCUGAUGUUUCCAUGAUGGACUUUGACCCAUUGUUGACCAUUUAUUGGUUUAAACAGUUUUGUAAUUAUUCUACAUUUAAGUUCUGUCAUGGACUCUGCAUUAAAUUAGGAAUUUUUAA